CCGGGGGCGGGUCUGGUAACGGAAAGGGGAGGGGCGUCAUUCUGAGGAGCCGCCUCAAGCCUCAGGCCGCGGAGGAGGGUAGCCGAGCGGAACCCGAGCGCCGGGGAGCUGGAGAUGGCUGAUUCUGACCCUGGUGAAAGAAACUAUGAAAACAUGCUGAAAAUGCUGUCAGACCUGAAUAAAGACUUGGAAAAGCUAUUGGAAGAGAUGGAAAAAAUCUCAGUGCAGGCCACGUGGAUGGCCUACGACAUGGUGGUGAUGCGCACCAACCCCACACUGGCGGAGUCCAUGCGGCGGCUGGAGGACGCCUUCCUCAACUGCAAGGAGGAGGUGGAGAAGAACUGGCAGGAGCUGCUCGACGAGACCAAGCGAGCGCAGGAGGCCCGCCCGCCCCACACGGCCCGAGCAGCCUUGGCAGAGUAGCAGCGGCCCCGGAGCAGGGCUGUGCGCAGAGCUUGUUACUCAGUAAACUUCUUUCCGAGCACAACCUGAGGACCCUUUCCGUCCCACCCAGCUGCACAUCAAACCUUGUGGACAGCACAUGAGAAGGGCGAGAUGCGGAGGCUCUCGAUGAAGUAGACGUACUCAGUGCCAGUGGUGCCGAACUUAGAAUAAAGAAACUA